CAAGUCGGAGGCGCGCAGCUCAAGCGCUGCUGCUCAGUCAUGGCGGAGGAGCUGAACGCGGACUGGCUAUCUCGCUUGCCUUCCUCAUGCAGUUACGGCGUGACACGGGACGGACGCGUAUUCUUCAUCAAUGAAGAAGCAAAGAGCACAAACUGGCUCCAUCCAGUCACGGGAGAAGCCGUCAUUACUGGACACAGAAAAACUCCAGAUUUACCUACUGGAUGGGAAGAAGGAUAUACGUUUGAAGGAGCCCGUUGCUUCAUCAAUCACAAUGAACGGAAGGUGACCUGCAAGCAUCCCGUCACAGGCUGUCCAUCGCAAGACAACUGCAUCUUUGUCGUCAACGAACACCUGAAUUGUGGGAAACUUGUUCAUUUUGCUUUCAACAGACCAGCGAUUAAAACACCAGUUACCGAGAAGAAGGAACGUCCCACUAGCACCAUGAGUGAAGCGUCCAACUACACCGGCGGCUCGGACUACACAACACACCCCAGCAGUCCAACAUCCAGACUGUCGAGAUCCUCAAAGAAAGUGCACAACUUUGGGAAGAGGUCAAACUCGAUCAAGAGGAACCCCAAUGCACCAGUGAUCAAAAACGGCUGGCUUUACAAACAGGACAGUACCGGGAUGAAGAUGUGGAAGAAGAGAUGGUUUGUGCUGUGUGACAUGUGCCUGUUCUACUACAGAGAUGAUAAAGAAGAGGGAAUUCUGGGAAGUAUUCUCCUACCAAGUUUCCACAUCUCCAUGCUGUCCGUGGAUGACCAUAUAAGUCGGAAAUACUCCUUCAAGGCAACACAUCCAAACAUGCGGACAUACUAUUUCGGCACCGACACAGCAAAAGAAAUGGAGUCCUGGAUGAAAGUUAUGACCGAUACAGCGUUGGUCCACACUGAGCCAAUCAGAAGGCUUGAGAAGGUAAAGGUCGAGCCAAGCACUCCUCAGGAGAUGAACAACAUGUUGAAUCACAGGAUCCUGACCCAACCGGAGAUCCAAAACAACGAGAGAAACCUUGAGGCACAACGGCAGGAGGAGAAGAAACAAAAUCCCCUGGAGAAACAGCCCUGCAUCCAGAAAGACAAAGAUAGCAGGGGUAGUGUGCAGAAAGACUGCGAGCGAUACACCCUCCAAAGAGACUGCGACGACCACGCGCUCCAUAAAGAUGCACAGCGAAUCGCUCUACAGAAGGAUGGAGACAGGUACAUGCUGCAAAAAGACAUGGAAAAAUAUGUCCUUCAGAAAGAUGGAGAGAAAUAUUUACUUCAGAGGGACGGGCACAAGUACACGCUACACAAGGAUGGAGAUAAGUACACACUACAGAGGGACGACAAAUACGCUCCACCAAUAGAUACCGAGAAGAUCUUGCAAAAGGAUGGUGUAUACUCUCAGAAGCACCCUCAGCCAAAAGAUCUCGAAAAACCCGCCCCGCCUCCGCGAGAGGUUGAGAAAUACGCCUUCCAGAAAGAGGGCACCCUAGAGCGGCCGCUCACAAAGAUCAACAGCAUCAAACUCCAGCCAGCUCAAGCGGCUGCCAUCGCUGCAGCGGUCUCCUCAUCCAGACAACUCCACAGCGGGUCGAGUCAUUACAAGCCUGCCCUGGUCAAUGGCUCUGGCGAGCGCGGAGGAGAGAAGAGUCCUGGGGACAUCAAUAACACCUUACCUCAGAGGACGGCGGUUCCGCCCCCACCGGUAGAACCCGAGAGAACCUUGAGCAGAACAAACUCCAUGCAACAGCUGGAGCAUUGGGUUCGGACGCACCGCACACAAGCCCCGGACGAAGACACCAGGAGCAUCACUUCCUACCAGACGUUGCCCAGGAACAUGCCCAGCCACCGGGCGCAAGUCGUGCCGCGAUAUCCCGAGGGUUACCGCACGCUCCCGCGCAACAUGCUGCGGCCAGACAGCAUCUGCAGUGCUGCAGGAUCAGUGUACGAUCGAGCGCUACAGCCUACAACAGCAGAGAAGCGGCGCUCCAUACGAGACGACACCAUGUGGCAACUAUACGAAUGGCAGCAGAGGCAAGCGCACAGCCGGCUCGGGUACGGAACGCUGCCCAGCCCCAAAACCAUGGGCCAGAUUGCAGAGUCUAUCCCUACCUCCCCGUCUCAUGGAUCCCUGGCUGGUUAUCACACUUUCUCUCCUAAUCGACCCCUCAAUCCAGACUCCCGCUCUGAGGUUUCAUCGCCGGUGUUUCGUGGGGACACAACUAUAGAACGUCGGCACCGACCACACCUCUCAAAGUAUUCGUACCCUCCUGAGCGGAGAGCUGUGCCUCCAUCACAGAACGUCACAGCACAAUCUCUACAAGGAAAAACGCCAGAGGAACUGACCCUGCUGCUCAUCAAACUACGGCGGCAACAGGCGGAGCUAAACAGCCUUCGCGAGCACACACUCACUCAGCUAAUGCAGCUUAACCUUGAUGCCGCCAACUCAAAGAGUGAAAUCCUUUCUCAUCACCUUCAGAGGAAUCUCAUGUACUUGGGCAGCCAGAUGAAGGAGAAUGAGCCAAUAAUCUUCAUGAUUCACACAGUGAUUGAGAACUCUGCGCCAAGGCCGCAACUGUACCAGCAACCGUUGAGUCCGGAGGACUACAGAGACAACACGUACUUAUACAGAUCAGAGGAAUUAGAUAUUGAUGCAAAGUUAAGUCGACUUUGUGAACAAGACAAAGUAGUGAGAACUCAAGAAGAGAAAUUACAGCAGCUUCAUAGAGAAAAGCACACGCUGGAGACGGCGUUACUGUCAGCGAGUCAGGAGAUCGAGAUGAGCUCUGAUAAUCCCACGGCAGUUCAGAGCGUCAUACAGCAGAGAGACGUGCUUCAGAGCGGCCUCCUCAGCACGUGUAGAGAGUUGUCACGCGUCAACGCUGAACUGGAGCGCAGCUGGAGAGAGUACGAUCGGCUGGAAGCUGACGUCACACUGGCGAAGACUAACCUGCUGGAACAGCUAGAGGCCCUCGGGAGCCCACAGACGGAGCCUCCCAGUCAGAAGCACGUUCAGAUCCAGAAGGAACUGUGGAGAAUUCAGGAUGUGAUGGAGGCGCUGAGUAAGAACAAACCCAAGAGAACCGCAGAACCCAGUUUUCCUGGUGCAAACCCCCUAUCAAAUCUUCAUAAAAGUGAAGAGUCAGAUUCAGUGCCCCCGCGCCCUCCUCUCCCAUACUCUUAUGAGGGGGGCGAGCGCCUGCUCGUGCCCCCCCAGCCCUCCCCAAGCUCUGGUCAGCCUCAUGCGCCCCGUACCACCCCACACAGGCCCGAAGAUCGCAAGGCCGCCCAGCGCAACGGUGCCCACAGCGGACCAGAUUACCGUCUGUAUAAGAGUGAGCCGGAGCUUACAACAGUUGCAGAGGUCGAUGAGAGUAACGGUGAGGACAAAUCUGAACAGUCUGCAGAGAAAGAGCCACCCAGCGUUACCAAAGGUAUAGUUUACCCUAUUGGAGUGAUCAGCCCAAGGACUAAAUCACCCAUGCCUGAAUCGUCCACAAUCGCCUCUUAUGUAACCUUGAGGAAGAGCAAGAAGCCAGAUCCCAGAACACCUCACCAGCCUGACCGUCCACGCAGUGCCGUGGAUCAUAUGAGCAGUGCCAUAGAGGUCGGCCGAACGCGCAUGAGCGUUGAGGAGCAAAUGGAGCGAAUCAGACGGCACCAGCAGGGGGCGCUACGUGAGCGGAGGAGAGAGGACGGCUCGCUGUCUCGUAGUCUCUCCUUCACUAAAGACAACCCGUACUACACCCUACAGGCACGCAAGAAGAGCCCUGUGAUCUCGCCAGACGAACGGGACGACCGCAGAGACCCGUCGCCAUGGGAACGAGAGCUGAUGACAAAGUCGACUGAUACAGAACAGAACUGCAAAGCUACUGAAGAUGUGGAACAUGGGAAUGACAACUUGGAGAAAGAGGAGAAACAGUCAUUCUCUCGAACAGACUCCAUCAAAGAGGCUCUUUUUAAGAGCAUUAGUCCCAAACCAAUACUGAACGAGAAGGAAAUGGACCCUAAACGCCCGACUGCCAUGGAAUACCGCAGAACUCUGGCAACUCAAAACAGCCUGCAGACGGCUGUCAUGGUCCGUGUGGGCACAGAAGAAGAUGAAGAGGAGGAUGAGGAAGAGGAGAAGCCCUCUAGUAAAGAGCAGGACAUCUCUUUUGAGCUGACCAACAGCAAACACAACACACUGAUGUCAGUGAACAGUCUGUCGACUCCGCCCCAUUCUCCAAGCUCCUCCUCCUCUCCCCCUCCUCCACCCUCCCCCCCACAGCUGACGGAUGGAUCGCACUUCAUGUGUGUGUGAGCGAAGAGACAGAAGAUUCCUCCACUGUCUUCGAUAAACAGCCCCAUUUGAGGGGAUGUUCCAUCGGUGAGCCAAAAUCGUCCUGUCAUAAACCAGACAGGAAGUACCACCUACUUUUGCAUCAUCUGGCCAACACAGACGCCAACGUCCAGGCCUUAGUUCAACCACGCUCCCAUUUGCAAACAGCCGUGAGAGAAUCCAAGGGAAAAUGAUGCGUUUAUAGUGAUUAUUAUUUAUAUUCCUACAUAUUUUGUUUUUAUGAUUCACAUUUUAGAUCACAGAGUUUUAUUCUGUUUGAGUUUAGUGUGUUUGGUUAAUGAGGGGGUUUUGGUGCUAUUUAACGGUCAUGGAUGUACAUUCACGUAUAUAUGAACACGCUGAUAACAUGCCACGCUCAUUUUAUUCAAAUUAUCAAAAGCUGUGUUCAUCGUUUGCUUGUUUUAUAUCAGUUAAUUGAUCGCUCCCAGUUUUCCCCAUUGUUGGUUGACAAGAUUUUUAGUACUCAUCUUUUGCACUGUACAACAUAAUUGUUUCUUUUUUACUCGGUUGAUAUCAGAUGAUUUGUGUAUAAAUGAUGUACAACAGACAAUUUCAAUAAGGUGCCGCUGUACUGCUGCCGACAAACAGGAUUCUACUUUUAUGGAUUUGUAAAUGAUCUGUAUGUUGGAUAGUCUGCAAUACCCACCACACUGUAUCCCGACACACUCAUGAAUGUUCCAGCUUACGUUUUAUUUUUCUAUGGCUGAGAUAUAUUUAAAUAGAGAGAUGAGUACAGAGUAUUAAUGUUUUAAGAAGAGUAUUACAGAGACAUGCUUUAGUUUGCAGCGCUCGAACGCUUUUGAGCAUAGCGGAGAAUAGCACAUGAGAAGUUAGUGUUUUUAAAAAAAGUUUAAAAAAAUAAGCAAUAAGCAGGGUUUUGGUGUUUAACUUUUGAUGUAUAAACUGUAAAGUUCAUUAUGUAUAUAAUGUAUACCAUACAAUGAGCAGAGCAGAGAACCAUAAGAGGAUAUGUAUCAGUCAAUAUGCAAAUGUUCAUAUUUCAUCUGUUUUAUAUCAUGUGAAAUAAAUGUUG